ACCGACGAGGCUUGCGCUGGUGUCGGGCUGGCGGGCAGUGAGGGACGCGCCCUUUUGGGGCUGGCCAGAGCCAUCAAGGCGAAAGGAAGCGGCGGGCGGACCACCGCCGUCGCCGUCGACGUCACUGUCGACGUCGCCGUUGCUACGGCAACUGAGUCAUCGGCGAUGGCGAGGCGGUGUGGCGAGUGGUCACGGAGGGCGUCAGAGUCUGGCUUGGGCAGUUGCCAUCGGGCGACGGAGGUGGCGGUGGGGACAGCAACGGCGGUGGCGGCGGAAGAGGCGGUCAAGUCGACUGGGCCGCCGAGGGCCGCGGACGGCGGAGGUGACGUUGGGCAGACAUGCUCUCCGAGGCAGAAUGCGGAGCCGCCUCCUUCCGACUGCGCGCACGCGAACACGCACACGCACACGCACACGCACACGCACAUACACACACGCACACAGGCUGUGCAUCCACUGGCCCAGUCGCACAGUCAUCCGGGCGCCACACCUCGCACACAGACACGCCGACGUAAGAGGCAAGGUCAGAGACACCGGCGCAGAGCCCGGCUGCAGCCGAGCCUCCUCGGUCUCUCUCUCUCCCCACUCUCCUCCUCUUGCCUUGGUUCGUCCCUUCACUGGCACGGCCCCUCCCCGCGACCGGCACAAGCCCUCGUCGUGACACACACGCUCGCAGCACAUGCACACGCCGACGCACACAUGGACACACACCCACCUGCGCAGCCAGUCUCACCGCCUCUCAAUCUGUCGCUCUGUCCCUCGCGCCUGGACUGGCACGCCAGCGCCACCUUUCAGACAGGCCCGUGGCCCCCUUUGACCGAAUCGACGCCGUCAAAACUCUCCGCGACUUGCCCGCAAAGGGGUUGGCUGGCUCAAGCCUCGACCUGUCUCGCACCGGCACCGACACCGGCACCGGCACCGGCGCACUGCGACACACACGCACAGGCAGAGAGGAUGCGUCGGAUGGGACAGCGACAAGCAGAGCUUGAAAGGCGUCCGCCAAAGCCGCCGGCCCGUCGGCACGCAGAAGCGCUCCGAAUCGGUAGCCGGGCCGCACGGGGAAAAGAGACACACAACACCGGCACACACGUCACUCACUCUUUUCGGCCAGGCAACCACGCCGACCUCCCUCCGCGUGCCAGUCGGUACAGAGCACUCGGGCGACGACACAACCCCACCAGACGGACACACAGCUACACACGCCUAAAUAAACACACCGGGCAAGAGAGAGAGAGAGAGCGUCGGUGUGGCUGUGCCAGUGUGUCGUCGGUCGGUUCCGUCCGCUGUCUGCUGUGUGCCGCGGGGUGGCGGCCGGCGCAGCAGCCAAUCACCGCAGCUCCGUUGCCCUCGGAGACGGCACAGCAGUGCGUCUGUCUGCUGCCCGGCGCCGACCCCACCCUCGACUGGCUCGAGGCGAGUGCUGCUGCCGGAGGUCGGCCAAACAGCGUGUUGCCGUGCCGUGCCUGCCGUGUCGACGUCGACGUGCAAGUGUUAGUCACUUCGGUCGGCGUGUCUGCUAGUCGUGGCCGAGUGGAGGGAGGGAGGAAGGGAGAAAGGGAAAAGAACCGACUCCUUCAAACACACCAACACUCGACGGCCGCACAGAUGGCUCCGGAUGAGACAGACACUCGCAUGCACACAUGCCGGCCGUCAGACCAGGCAUGA